UUCAGUUUUUGGAAAAGAAAGGGGCUUGGGUGUCGAUUGCACGUUUGAUCAGAUCAGUCCGAGUCGAACCAUACUCACCAGAGGAGAUGAUUUCACUGAAGACUCUGUGCCUGCUGGCAUUGGUGCUCGGUGUUUGCUGGGCCUACCAGGUCAAACCGAAAAAUUUCAACAAAUUGGUGAAACAGCAGAAAAAGUUCAAUGAACGAUUUGAGAAGGAAUUCUUAACCGAGCAUUUGAAGUACACGGAGAGUGGGGUCAAGUCGGACCGGCUCGAGGAAAUGUUCGAACACCUUCGCCAGAAGCCGGAGAUGUUCCGACAGGAGUUGGAUAACCACCCGAUUCCCUACCAGACUACGGAGUGUACGGCUUGCCGAGCACUGGUUACCACCUACUUGGCAUACCGUCGAGUCUUGAACUGGGAUCGAGACCGUAUCGCUGCUCAAGCUGCAUCCACGUGUGAUACUUUGGGAAUCCUGCUUCCGGAAAAUUGCGUCAAGGUCAUUGACAAAAACAUCGACAUUUUCCUGUACAUCAUUGAUAACCGACCCAGUUUGACGGCUCAAACCAUCUGUGGAGUGAUUUUCCAAUCAGGGGCAUGCGUGCUGGAAGAUCGCGAAUUCUUGGAUUGGACAAUUGAUGUAGCUGCAGGUGGCACUCCCAUUACGUCUUCCAAAGCUGGAGCAAAUCGUGGAGCCAACGAUUUGAAGAUUAUUCAUUUGACUGAUUUGCACUACGAUCCGCACUACCGUACAGGUUACAACGCAGUCUGUGGUGAACCGUGUUGCUGUCGCGUAGGGCAAGGCAUUCCCGCAAAUCCGGAAGAUGGAGCAGGAGAAUGGGGUGACUAUCGCGAUUGUGAUUCACCAUGGAAGGCAGUGGAGAAUGCGGUUCGUGAAGCUGGACGUAUCCACCCGGAUGCCGCGUAUGUUUACCAUACUGGAGAUAUCAUUGAUCAUGGAGUAUGGGAGACGACAAUUGAUGGAAACAUUCAAUCAAUUACUCUAACCAAUAAUCUGCUGAAAUCCGUCUUCGGAACCAAACCGGUGUAUAACGUUCUGGGCAACCACGAGAUCACACCGACAAAUGUGUUUGCCCCAAGCCACAUCGGCAUUCCUGAAUUCUCUCCAAGCUGGGUCUACGAACUGGUUGCUGACCAAUGGUCAAGCUGGCUUCCAGCAGCCACAAGGCAAACUAUCCUGCAAGGAGGAUACUAUACUGUGUUGGUGCGCACCGGUUUCCGUAUAAUAGCUUUGAACAAUAACGAUGCCUACACUUUCAACUGGUGGAUCCUAUACGAUCCGGCAUACCUUCGCGGUCAGCUGCAAUGGCUGCACGAUACUCUGCUGGAAGCGGAGAGAGCCGGCGAGAAGGUUCACAUCUUAGCUCACAUUCCAAUCGGAGCUGGAACCAGCUUCGUCACAUGGGCACAGCAGUACCGUCGUAUUUUGGACCGCUUCUGGAACACCGUCCAGGCACACUUCCAUGGACACACGCAUGCUGACGAGUUCAACAUCUUCUACUCAGCAGCUAGCCCACAACACGCCAUCAAUGUGGCCUUCAAUGGAGGAGGUACAGUUCCGUUCAGUAAUUACAACCCCAACUACGUCGUUUACUAUGUCAACCCACAAACUUAUGAAGUCACCGAUUUCGAAUCGUACUACUUCAAUCUGACCGAAGCGAACCAGCACCCGACUAGGAACCCCCUGUGGACACCACUCUACUCCUUCGCAAGCGAUUUCAGUAUUUCCAAUGUGUCUCCCGCAUCGCUUGAUGGCUUGGCACGUCGCUUCGGAACGAGUUCAUCGGAACUGCACCGCUACUGGCAGCUGAAGGUGAAGCGCGGUGAUCCGUUCCUUCAGCAAGGCUGCGAUGGCGAAUGCUUGCUGAACCAUCUAUGCGAAAUCGUCACCAAUGAGGCCAACGAUGACCGCAAGUGCAACGAACUGGUGGCUGCAUUCCGUAAAACCGAAAAUGGUAAAAAGAACUGAUAACAAAUAAAUAAAGUAUUUUAAGUGCA